GCUUAGAAGUUGUAACUCGUGAAAACGAGAAAUUUCGAGCGUUGAUCUCAUUCUAAUUUUAGGAUGACACCUUUUGUUGAAGGGUGGGAUUUUGUUGAGACGCUGGGUGAAGGUGCUUAUGGCGAAGUAAAACUGGCAGUGAACAGAGAAACAGAGCAGGCGAUUGCUGUGAAAAUUAUUGAGUUAGAGAAAGCUGCUGAUUGCUAUGACAACGUUAGGAAAGAGAUUUGUAUUCAUCGCAUGCUCCAAGAUGUUCAUGUUAUUCGGUUUUACGGACAGAGAACUGAAGGGAAGAAACAGUAUCUGUUCUUGGAGUGCGCCGGGGGUGGAGAAUUAUUUGACAGAAUAGAACCAGAUGUUGGAAUGUCUCUGUCACAAGCUCAUCGUUACUUCAGGCAGCUUAUUGAGGGCGUGAUAAAAUAUAAUUUAAAGAUUACUGAUUUUGGCUUGUCAACGGUUUUCCGACACAAAGGAAAGGAACGUCUACUGGGAAAAUGUUGUGGGACACCUCCCUAUGUUGCACCAGAGGUUCUUUCCAAGGGUGAAUAUAGAGCUGAGCCUGCAGAUGUUUGGUCCUGUGGUAUUGUUCUUGUUGCAAUGUUGGCCGGAGAGCUUCCAUGGGAUGAACCGACAAAAUCAAACAAAGAGUAUAAUGACUGGCUCAACGACAGAGUAAACAGAACCCCAUGGCUCAAGAUGGACCCUCAGUCAUUAGAUUUCUUGUCAAAAAUUCUUGUGGAAAAUGCAAAAAGGAGGUUAACAAUACCACAGAUAAAGAAAGAGCGAUGGUUUUCUCGAUCGAUAAGUGCAUCAAGAAGUUCAAGAGAUGGGUGUUCUCCAGGGAACACACCCACUGGUACUGGAACAUUUAAGAGAAGAUGGACUGAGGCAGAUGUUUCUUCUCCACAACGGCCAAAAAGAUACAGGGAUCAUAUAUCAGCCUCUCAGCCUGAGCCCCACAGACUGGACAGUGGUAUUGGCAGUGCUAUAUUGGAGGAUGUUGAUGAUGAAGCAACAGUAAAUGGAUUGUGUUUCUCACAGCCUGUCCAUCUGGAUCACAUGUUACUAAGCACACAGAUGCAGUCAACCCCUGGAGCAUCACAGGUGAAGAAUCCAUUCCAAAGACUGGUUAGGCGUAUGACUCGUUUCCACACUAAGAAGAGUGCCGACAAGACACUUCACAAGUUAAAGGAAGUCUUGGACCACCUAAAAUAUAACUUUUCAGUGAAUUCCCCGCGACAGGUCACAAUAUUCACAACUGACAGACGACAAAAUAAACUGAGUGUUAAAGUAAACCUUAUUGAUAUGCAUCCUUCUCUGUUGGUGGACUUCAGGUUAUCCAAGGGUGAUGGUUUAGAUUUCAAGCGUCACUUCCUCAAGAUUAAGGCUCAACUGAAGGACAUUAUUGACAGGUAGCAGGUCAAUUAAUUGUGGAUGCCACACGACAAUGGGUGCAUUCAAAGACUUUGUUGUGCCAAAGCACACCCAGCAUGUACAUUACAUUACAUUACUGUAAGCUGCAAACUAUUAACAGCCCUUGUUGUUGUUGCUUUUUUUAGCUUAAACAAAUAAAUUAAAAAAGAUAACUAAGGCAUUUAUGUGAUAAAAAGAGAAAGAGUUAAAGAUAUACUUGUUCCUGUUCAAAUUAAUCUUUUGUAACUAACAAAAGACCAUGUUUUGUACAUGUAUUUAAUUGCAUACAAUGAUGGAUGCAUCAAAAUUGUUUAUAUACCUGUGUGGGUAUGGGGUAAAGUUGUUAAAGUCUAAAUAAAGGAUUGAAUCAAGAAAGGAAAGUGGUCUUUUUUAUGGACUCUUGAAAAACAUUUACUAACAUCAGUAUGGACAUUCUAUACAAUUCUGGGCUGCUUUAGAUGAGUUAUCAUUUCCCUUAUUCUCAUGACCUUUUGUGUGAUUCAGGUGUGAUAUUGUAAGGAGAAAUUAGAUGCUAAUCACCAUUACGGAAUGAAGGUUUAAUUCCUCAGGAGAAUCAAACAAUUUGGUGGUCAACACCAUGAGCUAUUUUAAUCUUUACAAAUAAUUCUGCAUCUGAUUGUUCAUUAUAAUGACGGUACUGGUAAUGUAAAAAAUUUUCAAAAAAAAUUACUAUAGAAAAGCUUUUAUAUCUGCAUACAGACUGCAUUCUUUCAUUUAAUUUUAAUGAGUAACAAAUGAUUAUUUUGUUUUCAUUACCAAUUUAUUAUAAACCCUU